GCCGAAGGCAGAGGCUUAACCCGCCGAGCCCCCCGGGCGCCCCAUCACGCGGCCACUUUAAACAGCGCUCGCCUAACUAGCUGACACUGGGAGCGGCUUGCCGGCGUGGAGCUGAAUGAACGAGCUGGAGGGCGUCAGGUAGCGGCUCCCUCUCACGCCUUCCCCUCCACGGGCUCUAUUGCUAUCCAGCUUUUCCUCUGACGCUUUCCAGCACGUGCAUUCCCUGCAGACACAUGUGGGUGGUGGAUGGCAGCGGUCAUGCACGGUGGGGCGAAGGCAUGAAGCCUAAGGCAGGCCCCAGUGAGGAGGUGGUAAACUAUGACCUGAGCUGAAGGUGGGCGCCCAGCUGACUUAGGCACCCCGGGGAGGCGACAUUUGAACAGAGUGACUGAGGCUCACGGGAUAGAGUCCAUGCGGCUUGAGGGGUGAGAUGGGGCCACUCAGCCCCUUGCCAGAGAUCCACCCUUUGGAUCUGGCACCUGGAAAGGCUGCUCUCAGGGUGGGGGGCAGGGGAAAUGUCAGUGUUCUGCUGCCACUCUAGAGCAGGAGCUGGGCCUGGGGUGUGGCAAGGCAGGGCCUUGAGGACACCUCAUUCCUGGGAGUGUGUGCAGCGAUUGGGGACUCGGGGCUGGGAACGACACGAUCCCCCGCCCCAAGCCAUGUUGCUUCCCAGUGGACAGUCACAAGAGGCAGCUAGGCUAUACCGCCCUCUCCUGUCCGGGGUCUGGACAGGUGGCCUUACCCAGGGACUGGGGAUGAUAAGGUAGUCUCCGAGUCAGGGCCCCCGAAUCGAGGUGACGAGUCCUGGAGGCCUUACUCGGGCCCUCUCCUGAAGCGCCACUUCCCAUCCUCUGGACUUGACUCUCCUAAAAAUCCUUUGUCUGACUCCCUCCUCCUAGUGUCCAGGCAGGGCUCUGCCCCUUUCACAGCCUCUGCUGAGUUGCCUCAACCUGCCCUCAAGGGGCUUCCUACUCCCCACAGUGUCAUCCAGGCUGCUCGGUGUCCGUGUUGCUGCGUAAACAGUGCAGAGAAGCGACCCGUAGGCGGGCCCAGGAGACCACACGGUAUCCCCACUUACAGCUGCAGCCCCAGCCUCCCAGCUUCUGGAAGGGGGCAGCCCACCUCCACACUUUCAGAAGUGUCAUGAGAGGGCUACCAGGCUGUGGCUUGCCUGGGAACAGCAUGGAGAGGACCCCAACUGGAGGACAGAGCCCAGGGUGGACCCCCUCGAGGGGAAACGGGGAGUUAAACCCUUCAGAAGGCUAAGUGAUGGACUCCAGGAGCUCCCAGCCAGGGGAGCAAGACGUGACAGAGGCAGGGGCUGCCCAGGAACUUCGGUGGGUGGAGCUGGGCUCCGAGGUUUCCGAGGAGGCCCUGGAAGCCGGGACAGAAGGUCCCAGGGCCCGGCAAGCCGGGGGGCGCCUGCUGCAAGCCGUGUGGUGGGGUCAUCUGGGCCUGGCAACAAAGCUACUGCGUCAAGGGGCCAGUGUGGAGGAGAGGGACCACACGGGCAGGACCCCGCUUCACCUGGCCGUGCUGCGCGGCCACGUGCCCCUGGUGCGUCUCCUGCUGCGGCGCGGGGCGGAGGUGGCAGCUGCCGACCGAGCGGGGCGCACACCUCUCCACGAGGCCGCCUGGCACGGGCACUCGCGGGUGGCCGAGCUUCUUCUGCGGCGCGGGGCCCCCGCGGCGGCGCGCUCGGGGGCCGGCCUCACGCCGCUGCACUGGGCCGCGGCGCUGGGCCGCACGCUGCUGGCGGGGCGCCUGCUGGACGCAUCGGGACCCGGCCCCGCGGCGGCGGACGCGCGCGGCUGGACGGCGGCGCACUGGGCGGCGGCGGGCGGCCGGCUGCCGGUGCUGGAGCUGCUGGCGGCGGAGGGCGCGGGCCUGGACGGGGCCCUGACCGUGGCGGCCGAGGCCGGGCGCACGGCUGCGCUCCGCCUCCUCCUGGCGCGCGGGGCACGGGUGGACGCCCGGGACGGCGUGGGGACCACAGCGCUCGGCGUAGCGGCGAGCCUGGGCCGCAGGCAGGACAUGGAGGUGCUGCUUGACCACGGGGCAGACCCCAGCCUCAAGGACAGGCACAGUCGCUCUGCACUCCACAGGGCUGCGGCCGGGGGACACCUGUCCGCUGUCCAGCUGCUAGCAGCCUGGGGAGCAGAGGUGGAUGCUCGCGACUCGCUGGGCCUCACACCCCUACACCAUGCUGCUCGGGGAGGCCACGCAGAGGUCGCCAGCCACCUCCUAGACAGGGGAGCGCAGGUCAAUGCUGCUGGAUGGCUCCACAAGACCCCCCUUCACCUUGCCCUGGAGCAUGGCCACGGCCCCACUGCAGAGCUUUUGCUGAGCCGAGGGGCUAGCCCCACCCUGAGGACACGAUGGGAUGAAGUGGUCCAGGACCUGCUGUCCGAGGGGGCCUGCCCCAGGCACUGCCCACCCUUUGCAGAGAGGAGUGGGAGGGGCACAGAGCCCCAGAGGCCCCGAGCUGGACAGAAGUCUUCCGGCUCCCACAGUCUUCGGUGUGCACCAGUUCCUCUCUUCUGGACCGAGCCUGCCUGCCUCCCUAAGGGGAGGACAGCAGAGAGGUUCCCAGAAGAGAAGGGGGGCAGUGACUUGAGCUCCACUAAUGGACCUGGGACUGCUCCGCAGCCCCCUGGGAUCACGUCUCCCCUGCAGCUACAGCCUCCUCCACACUCUGCUUUAGCAGAGACUGAGUCGUGGCAACAGAUUUGACUGAAACCUGACAGUCUCCCGUGUCCACCAUGGGGUUGUCACCCUCAGCUGUUCUCGCUGUGACAUGGGGACGUUCUUACUGUGUUUCCUUCAUUAUAUCUGGUAUUUGCCUGUUGACACCCAUUUUUUAAAAAAGAUUUUAUUUACUUGAGAGAGGGAAAGAGAGCAUAGAGGGGAGAGGGUUAGAGAGAGAAGCACACUCCCUGCCAAGCAGGGAGCCUGAUGCGGGACCCCAUUCCAGACAUCCAGGAUCAUGACUGCCGAAGGCAGUUGCUCAACCCACUGAGCCCCCCAGGUCCCUGUUGGCAUCUCUUUAUCACAGGGCUGAACUAAUGGGCACAGUUGUUCACAUCACCCCUGUGAUCCAGGGCCCGCUCUCAGAACUGCUGUCUUCCCUCUCACAGACCCAGGUGAUACACCCCCAUCCUAAAUUAUCUAAGGUCAGGUACUGGACAACAGGGACAGGCACUAUGCGCCAAGGACCACUGGGAUUCUCAGACAAGCCAAGGCAAACUGUUUCCCUUGCCCUGCCUUGUCUUCCCUGUAGGACCCCAAAAGAGGCUCUGGCCCAAGCUUUUUGCUCCUUCUUGCUUCUGGCUCCAGAGGACACUGUGCCUCUCUGCAUGGCACAUCCUCUCCUCGCAGGAAAUACAGGUAGUAAAGAAUGUUCUUCAAUGAUG